GGUUUGCGCAUCAAAGAGAGAGCACGUUUCUCGAGCCGCUGAGUGAUCUCCCAUGUGGUGUCUGUGGUGUUCCAUGAAGUGUUGGUAGUGGCGGCCACAGUAAAGAUGGUGUCUAGUGUGUGUCGUGGAUCAUACCCGAGCAUGACUCCACAUGCCUCGCCUUCGCGGAAACCGCACAUCGACCCCCAAAAGGAUUACUUUUCGCCGUUGCAAGUGGAGACGUCAGUGGAGUAUGACCUUCCAGCGCACAUCUAUCCUCCCAAGGGCUCGCAGCCUAUUCUCAUGAUCCACCCGGGGUAUGUCUCGGCCGUCAGGGCCAGGUCCAGGGCCGUUGUGACCCCUUCCCCCACCGCCAUGGUGGCCACUUCAGGUGCGGCGAGGCCUAUGGCCCAGUUGCAGCUGCCGCAGCAGCCGCAGCCGCAGCAGCACCAGCAGGUGGUUGGGGCCAGGCCCUCCAGAGCAGCACAGGCUCGACCCUGGUGCAUGUGCGGCAAUGUCAGCUGCAGUAGUGUCAAAUCAGUCAAUGUACAAAGUGUGAGAAACGUACAGAGUGUUCAGAACCAGAGUGGAGCGAGAAGUAUUCAGAGUGCAGGCAGGAAUGUACAGACUCAGAGUGCGUCCAGAAGUGUACAGAGCCAGAGUGCAACAAGAAGUGGUCAGAAUCAAAGUGCCAGAAGUGUGCAAAGUGUGAGGGAUGUGAGUAUGUUGGGGGUCAGCAACAGCAACAACAGUAGCAGUAGCAGCAGAAGUGCUGUUGUGCUUUUGCAGCAACAGCCACAACAACAGCAACAGUCACACCAACAGUCACAGCAGCAACAUCAACAACAGUUACACCAACAUCAGCAGCAGCAGUUACACCAACAGGAGCAGCAGCAACAACAACAGUUACACCAACAACAACAGCAGCAGCAGCAACAACAGCAGCAACAACAACAGCAGCAGCAACAGCAACAACCACAGCCACAGCAACAGCCACAACCACAACAGCAGCAGCAGCCACAACAGCAGCAGCAGCCACAGCAGCAGCAGCCACAGCAGCAGCAGCCACAGCAGCAGCAGCAGCCACAACAGUUGGUGUGGGGUAGUGGUGGUCGGUGUGCUGGUCCAUGCUGUAACCCCAGGGCAGCGGCUAUGGCGCCUCCUCAGGCAGAAUUUGUGGCUCCUGGCCUACCGCCUUCCCUGCUCGCCCGCACGCCCACCAGAGGAACUGCGGGCGGCUCUCCGAAACUGCGGGCGGCACGCAGCAGACGGGGACUGUCUGUGGCUAGCAGUGUCAACCUGCCGGACUACCUGGGCACCAGCCGCCCGGCUAGGAUUGCCGGUGGGGCCGUCCACGUCCACCCACGCCCACGGGCGUUAUCUACCUCUAUGGGUGCUAUUGCCGCCACGCCCGCACCGCCCAUGGCGCACCAACACGUUGGCAUGGGCGCCUCCCUCACCACUUCCCUGGACCUGGCGAGGGCCGAUCCCCUCACCCCGAGGUCCAUAAUGCCCGUCCAGCAGCAGCAGUCGCUACAGCAGGCGGGCUCCACCUCCUCGCUCCUCUACACUGUGGGGCUCUCCAGGGACUCCGGGUGCUCCGUGGGCGCGGAAACUGCGGGCGGGGAGUGGGCGUCUGACCUCACCCGCGGCCUCGUCGAUUCAGGGUUCUGCACGCCCGUCGAUCUCACAGACGAUUUUAUGACAGUGGGGAGAGAGUUUGGUGUUGCACCUCCCGUCACCAUUUGCCUUGCCACUGUUGAAUCGCUGGCCGCUCACACUUUGGCUGCUUGGCCGCAAUUCUAUCUCAAUACGCUUAACCUGAGUGGUGGCAGCUGGAAAGAGACCUCGACGCCGCUACCCUCUUCCAUGACUUCCUCCUCCAACAGCAGCAAUAGUGGCAUCCACAGCUCCUCCCUCCUGCAGGGGGCGGCCCACACCUCCUCCCUCCUGCCAGGGGCAGCCCACGCCCACCACUACCUCCCGCAGCCCUUAUGGAACUUGGCCUAUUAAGGGCGCUACGCUUACCGAGCACCGGGGCCGCAGCCACAGGGGCCUGGGUAUUCCACCUGACGAGGUCGCUGACAGGGACACCUUGACAAAUGUUAACAGAAAACUUGGACGACGUAAAGUCUGGAGCGGAAGACGAGUGACGGACAAAGGGACAAGACAGUUCACUAGGAAGUUGGGAAGAAUGAGACUGACGGCUUGCUUGCUGCAGUGACUGGACCGGCCAUCUCCUUCCCUCUCCCCAGUCCUUUCUUUCCCCUCCUGAUGUUUGACCAUCAUACUUUGGGACCUCUAGAAUGCACUCAAAAGACCAUUUCUCAAUUAGUUUUUUUUUUUUGUGCCUCCUGGUAGAGCCGAGCCUCUUAAGAGGUCUUUUCUAUUGACUGUUUCCUCACUUCGAUAUCCUACCAUGCCCUUACAGAAGGGAUACUUCCCAAAAAAGUCUUCAGGCGACUUAUACCUCAGCCUUCCUCCUGUCCUUGUUCCCCUCUGCAACCUCCCAAGUGCCCCCUACCCGCGGCCCCAACGUGCACUCUCAGAACCAACACUGUGCUGUGAUAUGCCGUGCUGGCCUACGGAGCCUCGUCGCCAUCGUCAGUCCUCGUCGUGGUCAUCGUCAUCAUCAGUGUCGUCGCCAAUCAUUAGCAUAGCAGCGAGACGACUUAACGUGAAAGAUGGCGGCCAAAAGAAAAAGGCGAAUCUCCUCGUCGUCUGGUCGCUAAAUCCGUCUUAGUCACUUGUGCAUUUUUUUUUUAAGUGGUCGAGUUGUGUUGUGCUGCACACACAGCCGGGCGACUCCUCAACCUUCUCUUCCUUCAGUCGUUGUCGUCGUCGUGUUCGAGUUGUCAUCGUAGUGUAUAGUAGUCUUGGUAGUGUCAGCCAGUCAUCACGGAGAGAGGAGUCAUCGCUGUGAGUUAUCAGUCUUUAUUCUCCUCUGCUGGUCACUUGUUGCAGCGACCUGCUCUAGCGAACAUCUCCCCUCUCUCUCGUUAUCAUCAUCCUACGCUAAAUAUCUCAUGGUGUAAUUUUAAGUGUGGAGACUUAUGGGUGUGCUUACGUACGGGAAAAUUUAUAAUGUAAUAAAUAAUAAAUAAAUAACACAGGGGUUAGUUAAGUCAGUGAGUGUUGUCUACCCACUUUGUUAGUUGCUAAAAAAAAUACUACUACUCUUAUUCCAGUCACUCCAUCCUAUGGUAAUAUUACGCUCUUUUUUCUACACCCGCCCCUAUGGAACAUAUUCAGGACCGGCACUCGGGGACCAGUAACACUUCCAGGGGCUGUAAUGCAUUACUCGGCUCAGUUUUGGAUCACAUUGGCUCAAAUGGUUCCUGUUGAUUAAGAAAGACUAUGCUCCUAAGUGCCGUUCCGGAUACGAACCAGAAGUCUCGCACAAACGAUGCUUCAAACAUCAAUGUACUAAGCUUGUCGGCAUUAAUUAGUGUUUUUGUAAAACUGAGUAGGAUUUUUUUUAAUAAUAAUAAUACAUAAUAAGGUAGAAAAGUGAAAGUAAGACAAGUGUUAGGAGUAGACUAAGUGUUAAUUUAGCUCUUCUUGGAAAAUUAAUAAAAAUACGCUUAUUAGAACCCAUAAACUAUUGUUUUUGGUCAUUAACUCACGUCAUUCAUUAAGAUUACAUUUAGGUUGUAUAUUUAGUCUUAGCUAUUAAGUUAUACUAAUUUUGUUAUUUUAUUUAUAGAACACAUCACGUUUCAAGUCUGUCAAUAUUCUCUUCCUUGAGUCAUUUAAUUUUUUUACACCAUUAUCAAGAUAUGUAAAAAAAUCAGUACAAUCCAGUUGUGUCAUUCAUACUUAAUUUCAAAUGUACACCAGUAUGAUUUGUGCAUUUAAAGAAAAUGCAUCAUCCGUUUCAUCUAACGUAGUGAUACAUUGUAUCAAUGUCUUAACAAUUUAUGGCUUACCGAGUCAUUGUCAGUGAAAAGAUAUGUUAGUCGUGGCAUUGUAGCUGUACGUAAGGAUCGAGUCAUUGUAGUGCAUUCAUUGAGGGAGCUCAUAAUCAGGGGAAAAGAUGUUGUGAUUUUUGUCUCCUGCGCCCGCUGGCUGCUUCAUAUUGAGGCAGCUUCUGGGCCUUGAGAGCCAGGCUGCUGGGAAUCCUUCGUCAGGUCUUCGUCAUGUACGAGGAUAAAGAUCCUCGUCAUGUAAAAGACUAGGAAGGUUCUCCCGGUAGGUGGUCUUAGAGUUCCUCAUUAUGUACAGGACUUUACAGUCAAACAUGUGUAAUUAAAAAAAAAAGCUCUCAAAUGGUGUAGGUAAAUUUGGAGUUCAUGCAUGUUUUUUGUUUUACUGUUUUGAGCCAAGAAAAUCUCAUUAUUUUUAAUUUUUAAGACCUGUGGGCUUUGAAAUAGUCAUCAUGUGGGAGCUUUCACAUAAUUCAUAAUGCGUGAAACUGUAAACUCCUAAAUUCCUCAUGCGUGGAGCUUGGAAGUUCCAAGCUGGAGUCUUGCUGUAACCGGUGGUGAUGGCGCCAGUAGCUUUGACGAGAACUUGUGUCUUCUUUGACUCAUGGAAUGUAUGUUUUAAUAUUUAAGAUUCAAGGAAUAAUCCGGGUUCGUAGUCGUCUCAGGUGGACAGACGCUGAACGUGGACUCCUUCGGCAGGAUCAGUAACAUGUAGUGGUGCCCUACAGAGCCAGAAGCCCUCGGGCCAUGGCCGCCUUUGGUCUUUUAUAGCUUCCGGGCGCCAUCGUAACCGUUCCAUUGUAAUUUUUGUCCUUGAACAGAUGCCAAGAUGCUACAGGCACGUUGAAAAAUGUUACCUCCACUUUUCUGUCGUGUAAACUUUCUUGAGAUUAAAAGACUCACAAGCAACUUGAGUAUUUUAUUCAUGUGUGAUUCAGCAAGUUCGGGUUUGCAUCUUUAGGGAAACAUGUAAAAGUUCAAGUUUAGUCAGUGGUGUCUGCCUUUGAGUUUUAAUAAAUUUGAUGCCAUGUAAAGAGAAUUUUCAAAAUGUGAGUUUCAAGAAAAAAUAAGUUGUUUUUAAUUCUCUUAGUCUCAAGUGGCUUGUGAGGUCAUUUCAGUGGAUUCUUGUGGCGCACUUGGUGUGUGAAGGUGUCAACUCUGCGUGCAAUAAGUCUUUCAAAAUGUUACGACUGCAACAACAUGUACUGGUUGCAAGGCAGCUUAUGUUGAUUAGGCUUCUUUCAGACUCAGACCUAUUUUUGUGAUGCUAACUUUAGCUUUGGUGUACAUAUGUACAAAAUGUACAAAUGUACAUAAAGGAGCCUAGUUUGUUUGGAAACAAAUUGUAUCUGUGAUUCAUUUUGGUGCGUUGGAGACAGGUGCAUCUUAGCUUGUAAAUAUUCAUACUUGUAUAUUUAAUGUGUACAGGAAAGUAAUUUUGCACUUGUGCGUGGAUUUUAACGUGUAAAACUUGUGAUAUGUGAAAAUAAAACUAAAAGGCAUUUA